AUGUCUACCCAAGAGACUCCAAUUACACCUAUUGAAGAUUUGGAGAAUAUCACCCUUACCGACCUUAAAGAUAAUUCCACAUUUAAGGCCAAUGCUCUUUGGCAAGAUAGCCCUGCCUUGGUUCUACUUGUUCGACGUCCUGGAUGUCAAUUAUGUCGUGAGGAAACUAUAAGAAUUGCUUCCUAUCGAGAUCUUAUAUCUGACAAAUUGGGAGUUAAAAUGGUAGCAAUAGUGCAUGAGAACCUAGAUAAUGAAGUUGAUGAGUUUAAUAAAGGAUAUUGGAAUGGACUACUAUAUCAUGAUAAAGAGAAAUCGUUUUUCACUCAUAUUGGAGGUGGUAAAAUACAAUAUGGAGGAUUCACAAGCUUUUUAAAACCUUCUGUAUGGUUUAACAUAAGACAAAAUAUGAAAACCGGUGUUGCCGGCAAUUUUAAAGGAGAUGGUCGAAUUUUGGGCGGUAUAUAUGUUAUUCACCAAGGCUCAAAAGGUGUAGAGUAUCAAUAUCGAGAAAAAGUCUGGGGAGAUCAUGCUCCUUUUGAUCAAGUCUUAACUGCUGUGAAAAAUGUUUCUACAAAAAAAGAUGAUCCUGUUGUUGAGGCUGCUUUUCAAGAAACUAUGGAUAAAGUAAAGAAAGGUGAAAUCGCGUUCAAUAAGGUUCUUGAUGAGAAUUCAGGUGCCAGUUGUACGAUUAAUGGUCCAUGUGCUUAA